CUAUGCACCAUUGUAAACAUUACAAUGUUCCAUGGUAGCCAUUACCAUGUCCAAAGUUAUACUUAGAAAACUUUGGUAACGUUCACUAUGUGCGGAUUCCGACAUAGUAAUCUUUACUAUUUUAUUUUCUCCGUGUAAUUUUUGACUAUGUGGGGUGACGUAAUUUCAAGAGAUUCACGGAAACCCUCUUUCCACUACGCAACCCUUCGACGCACAACUCACCCUGGAAUAAUCUUAUGUUGACCGCUAAGUCUUUAUUUCUCAGAGCGACCACUGGAAACAGAAACGUAGACUGAGGUUGACUAGGUAGAAAAAAUAAAAGAAAAAACAGAGUCACUGUCAGGGAGCUUUACAUUCAAUUUGAAAUUCUUUUGGAAAAGUGAUACAAAAAUGAAUAACUCAAUCUUGAGCUUCCUUUCGACUAUGACAUCGUUUAACGAUAAUCUAGACAACAGUAUUUACACGUUUCCCAUUUCGUUUAUAGUUAAUAAAUUCUGAUACCACAAAAGAAAAAAAAACUAAACUAACUCACAUCAAGUCAAAACUCACUAAAGUCUAACAAUUAAAUCGAACAUUCAACUGUCAUAACGUCGAAAAUAUGAAGUCGAAGAAAUUAAAUAUUCACAAUUAAAGAAAAAAUAUCAGAGAUAUUCAUAUGAAUCAUAACAAAAUAGAGAACGAUUAAAACCGAAUCAUCUACGUGAUAAAUAACGCUGGCGAACGAACGCAAUCAAAACAUUCCUGAUCUAACACAAGUCAGCGAAACGGACCAAGGUCAAGAGACUUCAAAAUUCGCUCAUUCAAUGGCCUUCGCACGUAACUGAUAGCAAGAGUAAUAACUCUCUAUUACACGCAACACGAAGCCGUUACCAUAAAUUCCAAAAUUCACAAGUAAAUUAUAUUUGAAAUUUCCAAAUUACUUCUCUAAGACACUCAACACAAUUCAAUAGCGCGAAACACGAUAUCUAUGAUUCAACACACGCGAUAUAUGCAAUCAAGAGACGAACGAGAGGAACGUAAAAAAAAAUUUAUAUUUUUUCCGUGAAUAGCCUCAUUGAUUGUCGAGGAGCUGAAUACAAUUGUUGGCAAUGCUUUUCGUAUGGCGUAUGUGGUGCAACUCCAACAUCAGCCUAUCGUCCGCGGUGUAGCCACCUCGAACAAGCCUAAAGAAAAACAAAAGAACGUUUGGAAUAAGUCUGGGGCAGUUGAGAUUGUAAACAGAAACGACACGAAUAGUGGUGGAGGGGCGAAUUUCUGGCUAAAAAGUCGGACAGCACUAGCGUCGCGUACUGGAAGCGGGGCAUCUGAAGCGGACAUGAACGUACAACUCGGUACCGGCGGAUCGCCCACGCUGCGACUCGCAACAGUCAAGACACCAAAUUCGAUACCGGGACUGAGACCGUCACACCCAUUCUCAAACGUUCUGGGACCAAUACUAAAUCAAGAUGAGAAAAGUACAUCUCCACAAAGUACACCGAGCAGUGACGAGAGUAAUUCUCCCACUGAACUCAACUCGUACAAGAAAUUGGGAGACAAGCCUCCUUUGAUAAAGCGACUGACUAUGGGUCUGACUAGUGGAGUCUUGGGUCUCAACAGUGAGGAUGAUAGUUGUCCGCUGGUGAGCGGUAGCAGUACACCAAUGAGCCCAGCCAAUAGGCCACACUCCGGUGGCUACAUUAAUGAGGCCAUAAUUGAUUCAGAGAUGAUCAGAACACCAUAUAAUAAGAUACCCCUUCCUAAGAGCAUCGAUAAUACUACCAAUGCAUCGAUGACUGCGAAGAAUUUGAAUAUCGAGAAUAUCAGGAUCGGUAAAAAUUCUCCGGGUUCUGUGAACGAAACAGAUUUCAAAACCAAACGGAGAUCACAAAUAAGUACGUCAAGCAGUUCUGUUCCUGCAGAUAACAGUAUCCACGAAUUAACACCCACACCACCCCCACUUCCAGAAAGAAACGAUAGUCUGAAUAACCGCAGUGAAGAGUGUGAAUUGUGGAAGGCUCCAUGGUUCCAGGCUGGCAUACCCAGGGAGAUAACACUAGAAGUGUUGAGCCAAGAACCAGAAGGUGCCUUUAUGGUCCGCGAAAGUACCAGUAAACCAGGCUGCUAUGCUCUAUCGCUGCGUGUGCCGCGGGAGUUUCAACCAAGUGGAAUUGCGCAUUAUUUAAUCAUGCGGACGAACAAGGGCUAUAAAAUUAAGGGCUUUACGAAAGAAUUCACCACGCUCACCGCAUUAAUAACACAUCAUUCAGUGAUGCCAGAGUUGCUGCCAUGUCCCUUAUCCCUCAGUCGUUACAAUCCAAGUUUCUUGAAGACUGAUUCAACGAAAGACUUUGCAGAUAUCAACUCUGAUCCUGACUAUCACACUCUAGCUGAUUUUCGCAAAAUGAUGGCGGAUUUGAAUGUUUGAAAGCUAAGACAAGUGGUCUGGCAGCCGGUGAUAAUUAUUAAGGAAAUUAGAAUACAUAAUUGAUGGUAAAAAACGAAACAUCGAUACUAAUUAGAAAGGACUUUGAAAUGAAGUAAACGUGUUAGCUGCAGGAAAAAAUACUGCCAAGAACGUUUUAUUAUGACAGUGAAAAGAAUCAUAACAUUGUCAUAUAGUCCAAGAGGCGCAAAGGGUGCGUAUAAGCAUAGCUUUUACACCUCUUUGGCUCUACGGCGAUGGAUAGCAUUGAACUUAUUGCGUGAUUUGGCAGAUUUUAAAAUGGAGAAAUUGAUGUAAAUGUGUUUAUAUGUAUAUAGUUUUUGUUCAUUGUUAUAGUUGCUUUUUAUUUAAACUGAAGAAUUAAUAAUAAUACAAACGGCGAACCAUACAUGAGAAAAUAUUUUUUUUCUUUAUAAAAAAAGAAUAAUAGAUUAAAUUUAUGGGGUAAGUUGUAAAGUAAAUGCCAGUCGAAAACAAUUACAGUCAUUCGCAAAUAACUUUAGAACUAGUAGCUCACUAUCAUAUAAAAUUUAGUUACUGCGAAAGAGGUUUUCAGAAAUUUUUCACAUGCUUUUUGCUCUUGAGAGGGUGGUAAAAGUACCCAAAUAUGUUUUGAAGCUCUCUCCUGUUUUUACCACUUGGCUACUGACAUCAAACUGAGGAAAUAUUCGAUCACUCGACUAAACCUAGUCUUGUACAGAAGUUACGUGAACAGACUUUAGGAUAAUAACGAUGAAACGAAAGAUAUGAUAGAAAUUAUAUACUAUGUUACAAAUCCUGCUAACCAUUAUUCGCAGCUUGAUUAUCAUAACAUUCUGAGACUGUACACUAGUGAUGUAUUGUAUAAUUUCAAAAAUAAAAUUAUUUAUUACAUUUA